AUGGCAGAACUUGCACCCACACCCGCAACCCGCAAAAGACAAAGCGCUCCCAAAGGCCGAAAUGGGUGCCGAAGGUGCAAGGUGUCACACGUGCGGUGUUCUGAGGAUAGACCAAAUUGCAGCCGCUGCCUAAGGUUGGACAUUCCAUGCUUCUAUGUGCCCUCCCGCCGCGAGAGGGAGCAGGCACUCGCACUCGCACCUGUUAGAGGCAUUCGACCCAAGCCGUCAAACGAUGGCGUAAGCCCCGGUAGCAUAGACAGCCGCGAAGCUGACUAUUACUUCCACCGAUUCGUAGCUCAUGUGGCCCCUGCCAGGAAUAUGGAAACUAUGGGUAGCUGCCUCGAUUUCUGGCUCAGAACCGUUCCCAGGGAGUCAGCCUCGAACGAAGGCGUCCGAUACUUCACUAUGGCACUUGGUGCGAUGGAUCUUGCCAUGCAUCAGCUAAGAGUGAAGAGUCAGCCCAGAAAGUCGGUAGAAUAUUUGUCUGCAGAGUAUAGAGCCGCUCUGAGAUACUACAAUAUAGCUCUACAACGGGUCCGGACGGAACUAGCCGACCAAGAACACCGGAUGCAGCUUAGGACUUUUUUGAUCUAUUGCAUGCUGCAAACGCUAUUCGAGGGCUUGCAAGGCAAUCUGGAGGCCUUUCGGAAGGUUUCCCACAUGGGUUUCGAAAUUUUGAAGCACCGUAUCAUGCAAGAUGAGCUUCCCAUCGCUGCUUCCGUCGAUGAUCAGGGCAUAGAAGAGGCGAAGGUGUAUUUGUCCCGAAUGGUUGUGGUGAUGUGCCUAAUGGGCCCCGCUGCCAACCAUUUGGAGAUGGCGAAGAUCAAAAUCGUUAUCCCUAUUCGUGUGUCGAUGCCUGAUAGGCACGCCUCGGCAUCGGAGUCCUGCAGACUCUUCAACGAUUUCUACUCCCGUGCUGUGACUUGGAUUCUGGACGUUGUCAGCUCGCUGUCCACGGGAGUGUGCACGAUGGCGCACUUCUCCGGCGAAUUCGUGACUGUCAUAGGUCAGCUGCAGGAGUGGGGAACUUGUCUCGAAUCCUUGGCUGGCAUAGCUACACAUCCCACCGAUUGUACUCGAUUGAUAGUUCAUCAAUUGGAUGCGAAAUUCGGGGUUGUGUUCUUACAGUGUUUCCUUCAUGGUUGCAGCUGGGAUUUGUACAGGGAGGACUGCCUUGACAUUCUCAAAAUAGCGAGACACGCAGUGCAGGCUGUGGUUGAAACUCCGGAGGGGUAUGGCUUUGUUCGGCAGGCUCUCCUCAAAGAAAAGCUGAACCCGAUACUUACCCGACUUAUCGAGAACUGCCAGGACCAUGAAGUCCGUCGACAAGGUUUGGACAUGAUGAUCCAAAUAAGUGACGUCGCAGAUUACCCGAUAUCACAGGCUUCUUCCUUUCUCAUUGCCAACUGCACUCCAGGCGGCGUCGAUGGCGAGACUAUACAACUAGGCGAUACUUAUAUGGCAGUCGGAUACACCUGGGAUAGAGAACGCAACCUGUUCAAGGUCAAGCUGGGCCGAUCUACAGGGGCCACUGCUGAUGUAACAAAGUUUGAGGGGCAGACGGGGCACGCAGUCUAG